GGUUUGUCAGACUGAGCUGGGAGGCUUCAAAUGAUCGGCGGCUGCGUUCGAGCGGCAUUCAGCAGCAAGACUUCACACAGAGGAAGAACGACAGCAACCAAGAUGGAGCGACUGAAUUUACUCGUCUGCCUCCUUUUGAUAGGUGUAGCUUCAAGUAUGGCUAAUAUGCUGGACCCCAGAGGAGCUCGUCCGGUCGAACACGGCACCAGAGAUGAAAAAUGUGCUACUGAGAAGGAAUGGCCUUUCUGUACAAGCGAUCAAUGGGGCCCCAAAUGUCCGUCAGGCUGCAGGAUUCAGGGUCUGAUGGAUAAAUACGACCACGGUCUGCUGAAGAGGGUCGAGAAGAUCCGCAGCCUCCUGGAUCAGUACAAGGGCAAGCACCGAUCUGCCGACCUGGUGUCCAAACAGACCUACGACUACCUGAAGGAAAAACUCACCAUCGACAGUGGUUAUGACAACAACUACUACGACUUGGCUCAGAGGCUGCGUCAGAGAAUCACAGACAUGAAGAUCAGGAUCGACAGGCAGCUGAGAACCCUGGCCGCCCUGAAGGAUCGAGUCAAGGACCAGGUGGCCGAUAUGCAGAAGCUGGAGGUGGAUAUCGAUAUUAAGCUGCGUUCCUGCAAAGGAUCCUGUGAAGGUUACGCCGAGUACAGCAUUGACCAGAGCAGCUACUUGGAACUGGACAAACAGGUUAACCAGCUGGACUCCCAGUCGGCUCAGGCCAUCGAGUCUGUGGGGACGCUGUACGUGAUGAAGAGCAAGACACUGCAGGACUCUCAUGCUGUCGACGGCAUUUUCAAGUCCAAGGUCAUCGCAACCGGAGCCGCAGCACAGGAAGUUCAAGACAUAUUCCCUGAGGUGAAGACGGUACAAUUCGUCCUCGAGCACGAAGGCUCCAGCUCGUUCCCAGCAACCAUCUCCAAGGAACCAGGUACUUCCUACACUUCAUCUACAUCCUCAGUCCUUCAACCAUCAACAUCCUCCUCGACUUCCUCCUCUUCCUCCUCUUCCUCCUCAACCUCCUCCUCCACGUCGUCAAAAUCCAUCACUGAGUUAGGAGGCAACACCGAUUUGUUUAAUCUAGGUGGAGGGUUUGAAUCCCUCAGCCAGCCUAGUACAAGCUUUGUGUCCACUCACACCAUCACCUGCACCAAGAAGAUCACUAUCAUGACACCGGAUGGGCCAGAGGAAAGGGUGGAGCAGAUGUCAGGCUCAGAGUGCCAGAACCAAUUCUUCCCCAGCCUCGGCCAGGGCUCCUCUUCCUCCUCCUCUUCCUCUUUUACUAAGACCACCUACACCAGUGACACUAAAGGAAGCCUCUUUGGAGAUACCAAAGGGUUCGGGGAUCCAUUCAGCUCUGACCUUGGCAGAUUCACGGCGACCGAUGCAGACGAUGACCUUCCUGAUAUCCACGCCCGGAGUGUGAAGACUGCGCGUGUCGAGCGGCAGGCCGAUUAUAUAGGACAAGAUUGCAUUGAAGCCAAUCGGAACCACCUGAAAGGGGAAACGAACGGACUGUUUAAGAUCAGACCCGGCAGCACAGGCUCCACAGAUGUAGUGGAGGUUUACUGCCACCAGGAGGGUCUAAUGGGUGGGUGGUUGUUAGUCCAGCAAAGAGAGAGUGGCGUGCUCAGCUUCAACCGCUCCUGGGCCGAGUAUCGCAAUGGGUUUGGUUCAGUCGACGCAAAAGGCAAGGGGGAGUUCUGGAUAGGCAACCAGAACCUCCACUUGUUGACUAAUCAGGGUGAAACUAUGCUAAAAGUGGAGCUGGAGGAUUGGGAAGGGGGUGUAGCCCGUGCUGAGUACAUGAUCAGGGUAGGUUCAGAGGAGGAAGGGUACCCACUGCAUGUGUCCGGGUAUAACGGGGAUGCCGGGGACGCUCUGGUGGUGCCUCAGUCUGAUAUGGCAUCUUACCUGUCCCACAACAGGAUGAAAUUCAGCACCUUUGACAAGGACAAUGACAAGUGGGAGGAGAAUUGUGCAGAGCUGUUCGGGGGUGGGUGGUGGUACAACAACUGCCAGUCAGCUAACUUGAAUGGGAUUUAUUAUAAAGGCACAUACGACGUGGAGAAAAACACGCCGUACGAGGUUGCAAAUGGAGUCGUGUGGGGGACGUUUAAACCGCAAAAUUACAGCCUGAAAACAGUUCGGAUGUUCAUUCGAGGCAUUGCUUUUUAACAGGGCAUGACCAAAAAACAUAAAAAUUACUUUUCUACACAUUUCUGUAUUUAAAGUCUAAAAAAAUCACCAAAUCGAAGGUGGUUUCAGACCUUUAGACCGUUGAUCUGUUCGUGAAUCAUUCCCAGAUUGCAAAAUCAAGUCAAACAGUGUUAGCGUGCCGCCAUGGGUAUUUGUGUUGAUUCUUCUUUGUUUGUCAGCAGUCUGUGUAAAUGCCAUUGACCUGUUUGUUAGCAUGAACUGACCAAUGUUCUCCCUGUUGUGUAACUCUGUACAGAGCAAUGACCGAACUCUGCUCAGUCAAUAAAGAGUCAAUGUUCACUUCA